CUGAGAAUUUCCCAUCCGCCCACCUUCAAUCUAGACGUACCCCCACCGCCUCUCUCUUCCCCUGUUCUCCUCUCUUCUCCCUUCUUCCCCUCUUUUCUCCCCUCGUCAAACCCUACGAAACCCCCAUUCCCAUUCAAAAAAACCCUAAUUCUCCCAUCGAUCUCCUCUCCGAUCGAGGGUUUCGAUUCCUUAUCGCGAUCGGGGAACAAAGACUGGUUGAUUUCCUUUCAAAUUUUUUUUUUUUUUUGGGGGGGGGGGGGGGGGGGGGGGUUUCGCCCAUCGACUGGGCAAUUGAGCGCAUGCGUUUGGAUCGGGAAGAGGAGAGGGAGAGAAGAUGUAUAGCAAUUUCAAGGAGCAGGCGAUCGAGUACGUGAAGCAGGCGGUCCAGGAGGACAAUGCCGGGAAGUACGUCAAGGCGUUCCCCCUCUACAUGAACGCCCUCGAGUACUUCCGGACCCACCUCAAAUAUGAAAAGAACCCCAAGAUCAAGGAGGCCAUCACCCAGAAGUUCGCCGAGUACCUCCGCCGCGCCGAGGAGAUCCGGGCCGUGCUCGACGAGGGCGGCCCCGGACCGGCCGCCAACGGGGACGCCGCCGUGGCCACCAGGCCCAGGACCAAGCCCAAGGACGAGAACAGCGGUGGGGAUGGAGAGGAUCCGGAGCAGUCCAAGCUCAGGGCGGGGCUCACCUCGGCGAUCAUCACGGAGAAGCCCAACGUAAAGUGGAGCGAUGUCGCGGGGCUUGAGAGCGCCAAGCAGGCCUUGCAGGAGGCUGUCAUCUUGCCCGUCAAAUUCCCUCAAUUCUUUACUGGAAAGCGAAGGCCAUGGAGGGCAUUUCUUUUGUAUGGUCCGCCGGGAACUGGAAAGUCAUACUUGGCCAAGGCUGUUGCAACAGAGGCAGAUUCAACUUUCUUCAGUAUAUCUUCAUCAGAUCUAGUUUCAAAGUGGAUGGGUGAAAGUGAAAAGCUAGUCUCAAACCUUUUUCAAAUGGCUCGUGAAAAUGCUCCUUCCAUUAUCUUCAUAGAUGAAAUUGAUUCCUUAUGUGGUCAGCGUGGAGAAGGCAAUGAAAGUGAAGCUUCUCGGAGGAUUAAGACUGAACUUCUAGUCCAGAUGCAGGGUGUAGGAAACAAUGACCAGAAAGUUCUUGUUCUUGCUGCCACAAAUACUCCAUGUGCUUUGGAUCAGGCUAUUCGACGGCGUUUUGACAAGCGGAUUUACAUUCCUCUUCCUGACCUGAAAGCUAGGCAGCAUAUGUUCAAGGUACAUCUGGGAGAUACCCCUCACAACUUGAGGGAAAGUGAUUUUGAGAACUUGGCUCGCCGAACAGAAGGUUUUUCGGGUUCAGAUAUUUCUGUUUGUGUCAAGGAUGUACUCUUUGAACCGGUCCGCAAAACUCAAGAUGCCAUGUUUUUCAUUGAGACCCCCGAUGGUAUGUGGAUGCCAUGUGGACCAAAACAACCUGGAGCUGUACAGACCACAAUGCAGGAUCUUGCUACAAAAGGUCUUGCUUCUAAGAUUCUUCCACCACCAAUAGCGAGGACAGACUUCGAUAAAGUACUGGCCAGGCAGAGACCUACAGUCAGCAAAGCUGACCUUGAAGUGCACGAGAGAUUCACCAAGGAGUUUGGAGAAGAGGGCUAAAUGGUUGGACAGGACCAAGUGUGGGCAUUGUAACUGUAUAUUGUGUUUCUGUUAGCUUGAGUGAAAAUUAUAACUGGUUUCAUAAAACCUCUCAUCAGGUGGAGCACACUACUUUCCUAGAUUCUCCAUGGAUCCCUCUUGUUGAGAUUUGACUAUUUAUAUGCUAGAGUUGACUCCACCUGUGACUGCGAUCGCUCCGGGCGUUAAUGGAAGUAAUAUAUUGAAUAUGAUUAAAUUCCAUCAUACAUUAUAAUUUUUGUUGA